UUCCUGAAAGUUGGACAAGAGUCCUGUAGUCUGUGCUGCUGUACUUUCCCGUCGCGUCUCUGACAUGGAGGAAGUGCUGUCCUUCUGGGAUGUGGCCAUUGAUUUCUCUCCAGAAGAGAAGGAAUGCCUGGAGCCUGCUCAGUGGAAUUUGUACAGGGACGUGAUGUUGGAGAACUACAGCAACCUUGUAUUCCUGGGUCUUGCUGCCUCUAAGCCACACCUCGUGACAUUUCUGGAGCAAAGACAAGGGCCUUUGGAUGUGAAGAGACAAGCAGCAGCUACCGUGCAUCCGGGAACAAGACAUAAUGAUUGUAAUGAACACAGCAGAGCCAUUCAUUUUAACUCUGUCUGUAUUCAACACCAGAGAAUUCGUAAAGGGGAGAAACCCUACAAGUGUGAAGAAUGUGGAAAGGCCCUUAGUUCUCAUAAAACACUCUCUAGACACCAGAGACUUCAUACUGGAGAAAAACCCUACAAGUGUAAAGAAUGUCAUAAGGCCUUUAGUACUAGCUCAUCACUCUUUGUACACCAGAAAAAUCAUACUGGUGAAAAAACCUGCAAGUGUGUAGACUGUGGCAGAUCAUUUUACUAUCCUUCAAUGCUGAAGCAACAUCAAAGAAUUCAUUCUGGAGACAAACCCUACAAAUGUGAAAGAUGUGGAAAAGCUUUUUAUGAUCCUUCAUUCCUUAAGCGACAUCAAAGAAUUUAUUGUAGACUGAAAUCAUACAAGUGUGAAGAAUGUGGCAAAGUAUUUUCCUCUGCUUUAAGCCUUAAGAAACAUAACCGAAUUCAUUCUAAAGCGAAACCCUACAAGAGUGACAUGUGUGGAAAAGGAUUUACUAAGCCUUCUGUUCUUCCUGAGCACAAAAUAGCUCACACUAGAGAAAAACCGUGUAAGUGUGAACAGUGUGGCAGAUGUUUUUCUUCUUCUUCAGCACAUGGGAAACACCAAUUAAUCCAUUCUGAAGACAAACCCUACAAGUGUGAGGAAUGUGGUAGAGCCUUUGCCAUGCUUUAUUCUCUUAGUCAGCACAAGCUUGUCCAUUCCAGAGAGAAACCUUACAAGUGUGGAGAAUGUGGGAAAGCCUUUUCGUAUAAUUCUUCCUUGAUUCAGCACAAAUUAAGUCAUAAUGGAGUGAAGUCUUAUCGAUGUGGAGAAUGUGGGAAGAUGUUUUAUUCUACUUCAAAACUGAAGAAACAUAGAAGAUUAAACUGUCAAGAGAAACUGUACAAGUGUGAAGUCUGUGGAAAAGCCUUUUCUACUAAUUCUUCCCUGAUUCAGCACAAAAUAGUUCAUACUGGAGAGAAAUGCCACAAAUGUGAAGAAUGUGGAAAAAUGUUUGCCUGUACCUCAAAACUGAAGAGACAUAAAAUAAUUCAUUGUCAAGAGAAACCCUUCAAAUGUGAAGUAUGUGGCAAGGAUUUUCGUACUCGCACAAAACUAACUAUACACAAGAGAACUCAUGUGAGUGUCAAACCACACAAAUGUGAAGAAUGUGGAAAAGCCUUUUCUAUUCUCUCAUACCUUACUCUGCACAAAUUACGUCAUUCUGCGGAGAAAUCCUAUCAAUGUGAGGAGUGUGGCAAAAUGUUUUACUCUACUUCAGACCUUAAAAAACACAAAAAAAUACAUACUGGAGAGAAGCCAUACAAGUGUCAUGAAGAGUGUCACAAAACUUUUAGUACACGUACAACCCUUAAGAGACACAAGACAGUUCAUACUGGAGAGAAACCCUACAAGUGUGAAGAGUGUGGUAAAAGGUUUUCCUAUGCUUCAGACUAUAAAGCACAUCAAAGAAUUCACUGUGAAGACAAUCCCUACAAGUGUGGGGAAUGUGGCAAAGCCUUUACCAAACUUCGUGUAUUUACUCAGCACAAGUUUGUUCAUAUUGGAGAGACACCAUACAAGUGUGAAGAGUGUGGCAAAGGAUUUUCUAGUCCUUCAUAUCUUAAGUUACAUAAAACAAUUCAUUCUGAAGAGAAGGCCUUCAAGUGUGCAGAAUGUGGCAAAGUUUUUGUUACUCAAUAUAACCUUUCUCAACACAAGCUAGUUCAUACUGGAGAGAAACCACACAAAUGUGACCUGUGUGGAAAAGGAUUUACUAAGCCUUCUGUUCUCACCAAGAUAGGUCACACUGGAGAGAAACCCUAUAAGUGUGAAGUGUGUGGCAAAGGAUUUUCCUCUUCUUCAUUCCUUAGAAGACAUCAAAUAAUUCACUCUAAAGAGAGUCCCUACAAGUGUGAGGAAUGUGACAGAACCUUUACUCUGCUGUGCACACUUAGCCAGCACAAGUUGGUUCAUACUGGAGAGAAACAGCACAAGUGUGAGGAGUGUGGCAAAGGAUAUUCCUCAUCUUCAACCCUUAAAAGACAUCAAAUAAUUCAUUCUAAAGAGAAGGCCUAAAAGCCUAUGAAAUAUGGCAAAUUUCUGUUACUCAUCCCUUCUCAUCACAAGACAGUUCAUAUUGUAGAGUUUUGUAAAGUUCCUACAAAGUUUGUACUUCUUCAGCACCUAAAAGGCAUCAAGGAACUCAUUCUGAAUAGAUGCUCAACAAGUGUGUGCAAUGUGGUAAAGCCUGUGCUGAUCACUCAGAUCUUACACAGCGCAAGUGAAUGUAGGGAGUAGAGAAGCCAUGCAUGUGGGGAGAAUGGCAAGUGCUUUACCAGUCAGUCAAAUGUGAAGGAAGUGACAGGGUUUUAGUGUUUCCUCAUAUCUUAAAUAACAACAGUCUACAUCCUGAACAUCAGAGCUGUAAUGUGAAGGAUGUGGUGAAGGUUUCAUUUAUCGUUCAGUCCUGGUUCAACCUCAGUAAUCUGCACUUGAGAGAAACCCUACUUGUGCAGAAAAGGACCAGGGUUGAGCUAUGCCUCAUGUCUAUGUAAGCAUCAGAGAAUACAUCCUGAUGAGGAGGCCUACAAAAGUAAUCAAGGUGGCAAGCUCUCUACCUGUUCUUCAUACCUUUAAGUAUCUGCAGAGACUUCAUACUGCAGAGGCACUCUGUACACAUAUGAGCCGUGCCUGAGCCUUGAAUAACACUUCAAGUCUUCAUCAGCACCAAAGAAUUGCUGUAGGUGAGAAAUCUGCAGGUACAGAUGUCCUCAUCAGCUGUAGAUGUCCACAUCACACUGCCGAGCACUAUCUGAAAGGUCCAGUUUGUUAUUUUCUUAUAAACUUGUGUUUGUUGUAUUUUCUUGAUUUCUAUGUGAUGUAGAAGCCAGCCUAGUCUUUAAAUCUUUAUUAGGAGUAUUUAAAACUUAGGAGUAUUGGGUUGGGGUAUAUGUAUGUAUGUAUUUCUCUAGCUUUGAUAUUAGGGUUUGUUAUCACCUUUCACUUUCUAUCUUGUGGAAGAGAUUGAAAAGUGUUGGUAUUAGAUCUUCCUUUUAUGUUUUUUAAAAGUUAGCACUAAACCCAUCUGGUCCAAAUCUUUACUUUGUAUUUUAAUUACUGAUUUAAUCUCCUUAUUGUUAUAGGUCUGUCCAGUGUUGUUUUAUCUUUUUGCUUUUUUUUUGUUCUCUCAUGUAUAUAUUUAGAAGAAUACCCAUUUCAUAAAAAGUUUCCAGUUUCUUGGAUUAUACAUUUACAAAAAUAUUUCCAUAAGGUAUUCUGGAAUCCUUGGAGUUUACUGUAACAACUCCUUUUUGCUCACUUUGGUUUUAGGUUCUCUCCAUGUAUCUAUCUUGGCACCUCGUCACUCUCAUGAUCACACUCACUCUCCAUCUCUGUGUGAGUCUCUUGUCUUUUGGUAGUUUCACUAGUUGAAGAAAUUUUUUAACCAUUUAAAGAACCAAAUGGAUAAUUAUGGAUGUUCUUCAAAUCUCUAGUUUAUUAAUUUUUCCCUGAUUUUUUUUUCUUAUUAUUUACCUUUUUAUUUUUACUGUUCAUUAUGUUUUCUCCAUCUCUCACAAAUCUGGGGGUGUCUGUUCUCAAAAAAGCAAAAAACAGUGUCACUCAUUUGGUUUCAGAAUAAAAAAUCUGUUUCCCUUUAUGUUCAGAACAGGGUUUUUAUAUCAAUGCCAUAAGGACCCAUAGUGUAAAGACGAGAAAGCCACAUGCACCCAGUGAGCAGAGAGGAGGGAUGUGAUUAUCAGAUACCUAAUCAACCAGUAUAAAGCAUUAUAUAUGCAGUUCUUACUUACUAUUGAUCAACUGGUAUAAAGCACUGUAUAUAAAGUGCUUACUUUACUAUUGAUGCAUAUGCCCAAAAGGCAUACCAAACUCGAUUUACUAACAUUGUGAGCCCUUAAAACAAGGGCAAUUAAAAAAAUUUUAAUUAUCAGUUACCUCAUAAGUGGGUAAAUGUCUCUAAUGUGCCCCCAUAAAUGUAUUCAUGGUUAUUUAUAGUACAAAUGAAAUUUAUUUACAAAAACAAUAUUGAGAGGAGAGACCAAUUUAUAUCUCAUUCUAUGUAGUCUUCUAAAUAUGUAAUGAAAGUAUAUCCUAACGUACCUCAAAACAAGCUUAAAGUAAACGGUUUAGUAUGAAACAUUUUACAGGAUAAGGAUAAGGAUGUGUUGGGAGAAAAGACUUGCUGAAAACCUGCUGUUCCUGUCUCCCUCCUGCUUGUAGGCCUGACCAGGAGAACUUCAUUCUUAUCCAAAGGGAAGGUGAAUUUCUCCUCAUGUCUCACAUGACCGUGUGAUGGAUUCACUUGCCCAGUGGAGAAGUCUGGCAGACAUCCUAAAUUUCUCAGCAUACAGACAAGCAUAUACACAUUAUUCUGCUUUCAAAGGCUCCCUUCAUGAAAUAUGAGGAUGCUGUGAAUAGGAGAUCUCUGUAUCUUACCUGCCACCCAACUGGGCCAGGACCUGUACCUCAGCUGAAUUGCUCAUCUCUUUACCCUGACUUUCAGUUUUCCUCCUCCUAGCAAAGCCAAGUUGAGGAUGACAGGUUCAUGCAUGAUACUGUAUGGAGACCCAGGGAAGAGUUUACCUAACAGAGAGAGGUUUACCCACAAGUACAGUCAGCACAGCAGGCUGAACGAUGACACACAUUUAAACACCAACAGUAGGUGCCAUCCAGCAGACAGACCACACACAGCUGAGAAAACAGCACUGUCUGAGGGGGAGAAAACCUAGACUGUGAAAGUCCAUCAAAGCCAGAUGCUCAGAAUCACCUUCCAGAGAAUAUGGAAGCUGCUCUUCAGCCCUCCUCACAACCCUGGAGGCCACAUGUGCCCCUGACAGCAGCUUGAGGUAAUGAAUGGGGCAACUGCAGAUAGGGGUCACUUGCCCUUCGUCCUUUCAGCACAGGGCAAUAUUGGGGGAAAUGCUUCCUAGAGGGCUCAUCACAACAGCUCCUUAGGACUGGCUCUGCCACAUCUGCUCUAGUGGUCAGGCCCUGCUUAAUUAACUGGUGGUUAAACCAGUCAGUUGACAGGCCGCCUUGGGAUCAAUGGCUCCAAGGGCCAGUUCCUCUUCUUUCAUCAAAAUCAAGAUUUGAAAGGGACUAAAACAAGUGGAGAAUGAAGAGAUUAAGGCAAGAUCAGGUUAUCCUGACUGGCACAGUACCUCAUGCCUCUCAGGCAAGUAAAUGGUAUCUCCUGACUUCUGAAAAAGAGUUCCUCCCUUCCUCCUGGGGGAGGAUCUAAACCCAUAAUAAAGAAACAACAAAAUACAAACCGUAACUCCGCAGUGUGCAUCAUGUGUGGCUUUUUGACUUUGCAAACUCUACCUUCCCUUGCUUCCUAAGAGCCCUAGUGAGGAAGCAGCCCAAGCUUGGUCAGCUGCUCUUAAUUGAUGCAAUAAUCAUGGUGACUUGUCCCUUUCCUCAUGGGUUACUUCAUUCACAGAUCCUGAAGGGCAUCUCUCUCUACUGGAGGGCAUUCACAGUUGUGGUACAUUCUACAUAUGGUACCAUGGGAGUGAAGUGAUAAACACUCCAGUAGAUCAAAAUGUAGAGAAUAAUAGCCUGUGGAGGCACUGGUCUAAAUGAACACCUGGGUGGCAACUCUUAGCCUCAGGGAUCACAGGAGACAAUGUAGAAAGGUUGCAGUAGCCAGAUGAGGUGGAUGUCUGCUGAAGCACUAUUUGCUGGAAAUGUCAGGACUGUUGCAUGCAUGACCACACUGUGACUGCCAACUAUUCGGGAAAUACUUGCACAAGCGAAAACCAGCAUUCAACAUGCCUGAUUGUGUGAGGGUCUCAUUAUGUCUAACCUUCAGUGGAGCAGGAAUUGUCAACUGAUGGCUUUUGGGGAAGACAGACAGUUGGAGAGGCUUUCCCGUUCCAGCCACUUGUUCUAAACAUAGAGGAGGCAGUGGGUGCACUUGGUGUCAUAAAAAGAGAAGAAAACACCCACAAAAUUGGAAGGGAAGCGUGGCGUUAAGGGUGUGCAGUAACUGAGGUGAAAAUGGGGAGAGAGUUGAAUAAAGCACAAUUCAGAUACUAAAUGGUAUUAGACUCCAAAGACAUCAAUUAAAAUAUAUUGGGGGUUGGUGCGUGGGACCUGUACAUGGCGGGGGUGGUAGCUGCUGCAGCGCCGAACAGCAGAGAAUUCCCGUGUACUCAGGGGAUCCUCUCUGGAGCCACAGCGAAGGCUUCCCAGAAAAGGACAGAGCAGUGCAGAGCCACAGCUCACAGGACUGCAAGGAGCAGCCUGAGCCCGUCUCCCCUGAGCUGGAGCACAUUCCCAGAAAGAGGGGCAAGAACCCCAAGAAAGCUGUGGGAGUAGCCUGGGCCAUCGGCUUCCCCUGUCCUCUUUGUCCUCAUCAAGCAGGAAGUGGAGAAGGACCCUUUGAGGCAGAUGAAGGCUUGGCAGAACAUGGCGGGUGUCAAAACCGGGCACCAAACCAGAGGUUCAGGGCUUCCUUCCAUCAAACCCAGCUCCCUAGAAUUGCGUCUGGAGUACAGACCUAAGUGAGGAUCACUGCAACCUUGCACUAGACUAUUGACCCAUGUUCUGUGUGGCUAACUGUGGCCACUGCCCCUGAGGCCCAUCAGAGGGCCCAUGGGGUCCAAGCUGCCAUCAGCACCCAUCUCUUCCACAGAGGAACCAGCCAAAUGGAAAUAAAGUUAUCACAUACUGGCAAAACAACAACAAUGGCAAAAACCAAACAAACACAUAUUGUUGGUUUUGGACAUAUCCAAACUUGAGCUGUUCUAGCAGUGGUUCCUGCACUCUGGCUGUCAUAGAGUUUAUAGAGGGCCAGCAUCAUUCCUGGAAGUCUUCAUGAGGGAGCAAGAGAAGAUUCCCAGAUGGCUCAGAUGCUGAGGACUAAGGAGUCCUGCAUCAGUGGGACAUCAAGGAAGAGAAAUAAGAUUGCUCCCCAGAGACAGGCUGCAGCCAGCCUCACCAUGUAUCUUCCACUCGGCUUUACUAUCAGUACAACAGAGGAAAGAUGAGCAGUGGCCUCUUCAUCCUCCCUGGCCUCCCUUCUAUAUCUGACACACCUGUCACAGCUGCUUUGGUUCCUUGUUAUCCAUCAUUAUUAAAGUUAGACAAGGAGUCUACCAUUCAAAUGAACUUGGUGAGUAAUGAGUUACAAAGAUAACAUGUCACAUAGCUUGUAUAGUCAGUUUACUAAAAACAAAGUUUAUUAACAUGUAUACCUCAUGUAUGUAUUAAUGAUACAUGAAGAAAUGAAUAAACC